AUGUUAGAUUCGGUCCCACUUGAGCUAAAGCUGGAGAUACUGAUUAGAUUGCCUGCCAAGUCUCUUGCCAAGUUCCGAUGCGUGUCCAAAAUGUGGUCUUCCAUCACUCGAAGCCCUGAAUUCGUCCGUUCUUUCUUCUCUAUCUCCUCAUCAAGGCCUCGUUUUGUAGUUGCUUUGAGUAACGGACUCUGCAACUCGAAUAAGGAGCGCCUUGUCUUCCUCUUCUCCUACGAAGAAGACGAGUACUCUUCUUCUUUGGUACCAAAUUUCGACAUGGCAUUACCUUGCGUGGGCUUUAGUAGUCUCGUAGGGUAUUGUACUUCUCUCCAUGGCUUUCUCGCUGUUGAAGCUUCAGGUGGGUUAAUGAUAUGUAACCCUUCCACGGAGCAAAUCGUUACGUUACCCGAACGCGCUAGAUAUGUGGGAUACGAUCCGAUUGAUAAUCAACACAAAGCAUUUUCCAUGUCCUUGAGUAUUCGAUUUGGACCAAUUGAUACUCGAGCGCACCAGGUGUUAACAAUUGGACAAGAUGGAGGAUGGAGACAUAUUGAACCUCCCUCUACCAUGCCUUCUUAUACUCCCGUAUCAGUGGCAGUAAGCAUCGACGGUUUUGUCUACUAUGGUGCACAUAGCCCAAAACGACCUAUGAAUCCAGGUAUUGUGUGUUUUCAUGUUAGAUCCGAGAAGCUAAGUUAUAUCAAAGCACCUCCGGAUAUCCUGCGUGAUGGGAAUGAAUCAACAUUUAUAGAAUACAAAGGGAAGCUAGCUUCUGUUGUGCCAGACAAAACAUUAGCGGUUCCUCGUUUUCAUCGUUUUGAUUUAUGGAUACUAGAAGAUGUUGAGAAACAUGAAUGGUCGAAGAAAACAUGUGAGAUUCCUCUUUCUGUGUGGGAUGUUGUAGGUGGUUUCAAAAUGUCUUUUCCAGGCACCAACAAGGCUGGUGAGCUCAUUAUGGCCCCAACUAUACUCUCACGCAAUGUUCAAUCCUUUUACAUCUUUUACUACAAUGUUGAAACAAGAAACACCAGAACAGUUAGUCUCCAUGGAAUUGGAGACAAUCAAGAGUUUAGGCGCUCCUAUGGAUUUGUAGACAGUGGUGAAUGUCAUGUACAUAUCUCACCUCAACACAUCGAGAGCAUUGCUUUCUUUAAGAAUCCUACAACUUAA